AUGGGCGCGUAUGUGCCCACCGUCGUCUUCUUUGACCCUGUCACCGAAGACCUCGAUAUCCCAGUGAUAUCGCAGCACGCCGUCCGCCUCGCCCGGGCCGGCGUCGCAGGCAUCACCACCCAGGGCUCCAACGGCGAGGCCGUGCAUCUCACGCACUCUGAACGCCGCACCGUCACCCGCGUCACCCGUUCUGCUCUCGAUGCUGCUGGGUUUUCUACAUUACCCAUUAUCGUCGGCUGCGGCGCCCAAUCUACCCGCGAGACCAUCGAGCUGUGCCACGAAGCGCUCGAGUCCGGCGGCGACUAUGCCCUGGUCUUGCCCCCAUCAUAUUACAAGCCCUUUCUCUCAACAGACGCUCUCAUUCAGUUUUUCACCGACGUCGCCACUGCUUCCCCAAUCCCCAUUCUCAUAUAUAACUACCCCGGCGCAGUCAGCGGCACGGACCUUGACUCCGAUGCCAUUAUCAGUCUCGCGAACCAUCCUAACAUUGUCGGAUGUAAGCUGACCUGUGGAAAUACGGGGAAGUUGCUCCGUAUUGCCGAAGCCACGGGCGCUUGGAGUCCUUGCUCUUCUUCUUCUUUGUCUGCAUCUCCAUCAUCAUCACCAACAUCGUCAACGCAAAAGUUCAUGUGUCUCGGCGGCUCCGCCGAUUUCACCCUCCAAGCGCUCAUUGCCGGCGGGUCGGGCACCAUCAGCGGGCUAGGCAACAUUGCACCAAAAGCCUGCGCGCGACUCAUUGAUCUCUAUGCGUCAGGCCAGAUCCAAGAAGCGCGUAAACUCCAAGCCGUCGUAGCGCGCGGCGACUGGGCCGCAAUCAGGGGCGGCAUCAUCGGUACCAAAGCCGCGCUGCAGACCUUCUUCGGCUAUGGAGGAUACGCGCGCCGGCCGCUGCCAAGGUGGGGCAAGGGUGAAGUGCGCGAGAUUGUCGAGGCGUUUGAGGAACUGGUUGAGCUGGAGAAGAGUUUAUAACGGCACCUUGGGUAUCUAGGUAGGUAUCUAGGUAGGUAGGUAUUUUGAAUACCUUAGGUUACAAAUGUUUAGGGGGGAAGGGGUUUAUGUCAAAGAGAGAGAGAAAGAGAGAGAGAGAGAGAUUGCAUGGGCAACCUGGCAACCUGAUAACCUAGUGUCAUGAGAAGCAUACCUUAGAUUAAUGGCAUUGAAAAAAAAACCGACGGGCAGUUUGUCCCGUUUUAAAACCGAUUCAAACCCCUUUUGAUACCGCUUGGUUCUACGUGAUAUUUGUAUCCGUAUCGAUAUUGUGAACGCUGAUCGUGGUGUUCAAAUACAGUGUCCCAUGUCCAGAACCGUUGGUGUACAGUAGUUUAUACACUUAAAUCGCUGCAUGAAGCAAAUAUCGGGAUCGGUCAUUUCUAUAAAGGCAAGCUAAUCUAAGAGAAAUACGAAAUAGUAAAAAAAGUAGAAGGGUGAAAAGUAAAGAUAAAUAAAUCGAUAAAUC